GAUUGGGAUUAGAAAAAUUUUGGGUUCGAAAAGCUUCAAAGAAGACUGCUGCAAAAGAAUCGAUCCAUAAUAAUUUGGUCGAUUGAAGUCUCGUCUUCAAAAUGAGGUAAGCUACGAAUUUAAAAAUCGCUUCUACGAUUCUGAAGUGAGUUUCAAUGUCUUUAGCGGCGGUCAUUGGGUGAAGUCUUUUUCAGGGGAUGUCUCAUACUUUGGUGGUGAAAAUAAAAGCAUCGAGUGUUAUCCUGAAGCAUUAUUCACCAAACUGUCUCAAGAGAAAGUUUCUGGCCAGAAGCUGUGGUAUAAGCUGCCAUUUGAACUUCUCCACUAGCGGAAGUUGUUGUGCAAUGGGGAUAAGAGUUUUCAAGAAAUGGUUGAAGCGGCUAAGUGGUGUGGUGUUAUAGAGGUUUUUAUGGUUAAUGAAGAGGAGCAUCCAGCUGAUGAAGUUUAUUAUGAGCGUGAUGAAGAAGAUACAAGGGUUGAAAAGAAUACACUUGGGUUUGUUGAUGAAGAUCCAGAAUUUGACUACCACAACACGCCUUCCAACACUGAUGGUGAAGAACAUGGUGAAAAGCUGGUGAGAUGGAAGAAAGGGAGUGGUGAGCUGAAAUUAAACCAGGUGUUUGACACCUUAAAAGAUUUCAAGGAAGCAUUGGUGGAAUAUUCUCUAAAGGAAUGAUAGAAUAUCAAGCAAAACCCUUGGGGUAAAAUAAAGUGUGGAGCUAUUUGUGGGGUUGAAGAUGGCUGCCUUUGGAGGAUCUACUGUUCCUAUGAAGAGCAUAUCGGAAAGUGGAAGGUUAAGACCUAUGAAGAUGUACACACAUGCUUUAAGGAUGGGAGGAGCAAGAUAUUGAAGAAGUCUGUGAUUGCGAAGCUCUUUCUUGAUGAUAUCAGGACUAAUCCUGAGUACAGGUCAAAGACAAUCCAAGAGAAAAUUCAGCAGAGGUAUAACUUGAUUGCCACUUAUGACCAAUGUAACAAGGCUAAGGCAAAAGCAAUCUCCAUCAUCAACCGUGAUCAUGUGGAGCAGUUUUCUAGGCUGAAAUACUAUUGAAAUGCAAUCCUUGAGCAAAACAAGGAGUCUACUGUGGUGUUGGAGACAUUUACCAAUGAUGAUGGAGAUGAAGUCUUUAGGAGGUUUUGCGUCUGCUUUGAAGCUCUGAAGAAGGCAUGGUCUAUGUGGUGUCAGCCUAUCUUUGGAGUUGUUGGAUGCUUUAUGAAAUGCACCUUGAAAGGUCAGUUACUAGCUGCGGUGGGAAGGGACGCUAACAACGGUAUGUACCCAUUUGCUUGGGCUGUUGUUGAUGUGGAGAAUGAAGAGAACUGGACUUGGUUUUUUAAAUUGCUGAAGGCUGAUUUCAAUCUACAAGAAGGUCAAGGUUACACAAUAAUAUCCGAUAGACAAAAGGGUCUGCUGAAUGCUGUUCAAAAUGUAUUUCCUCAUAUUGAACAUCGGAUGUGUGCUAGACAUAUUUAUGGGAAUUUGAAGAAGUUGUUCCCAAAUCAGAGUGACAUGAAGGCCCUGUUUUGGAGAGUUGCUGAAAGCUUCACUGAGCCUGAAUAUAGAGCCAACAUAGAGAGUGUGAAGAACUAUGAUAUACGCCUGUAUGAAGCCAUGAUGGAGAAGAAUCCUCAGAACUGCAGCCUCGCCUAUUUCUCACCGGCAGCUUCUUGUGUGGACGUGCAUAACAACAUCUCUGAGUCAUUCAACAAUGCUAUUGAUCCUGCAAGGUAUAUGCCAAUGGUGGAGAUGUUAGAGACAAUAAGGAGAAAAACCAUGGUACGUAUAGACCAGAGGAUGAAAGAAGGAUUGAACCAUCAAGGAAGAUUCACGGUUAGGGCAGUGGAGUGGAUAGAGGCUGAGCAGAAGAAACUCAGGUAUUGUGUAAUGGUUCCCGGAGCAAAUGCAAGAGAUGAGAUGCCUGAGUCUGGUGUAAGCUACAGUGUCAAUAUGAGACUCAAGACAUGUGCUUGUAGGAGAUGGGAUAUGAGUGGUCUUCCUUGCCGUCAUGCCCUUCGUAUCAUCGCUGAGAGGAAGCUAAAUCAUGAGGAUCAUAUCUCCCAUUGGUUUCUUAAUUCUAGGCAGCAACAAAUCUAUGGUUACUCAAUCAAUCCUGUUAACGGUAUGUUGUUUUGGGGACGUUCGGGAUCAAAGGUGCUGCCACCACCAAGUUUGGUUGAAGAAAUUGAGAACAGAGUUGGAAGAAAGCCAAAGCCGAAAAAAAGAAGGCAAGGCAUGAGUCUCCAUAAAAGAAGAAGGCAUCUAGAGAAAAAAGAGUCAUGCAUUGUGGUCGUUGUGGUGAAGCUGGCCACAAUGCAACCAAAUGUCAGAAUAUGGUAUUGGAAACCAGCAAAAAAACAAGAAAGAGAACAAAUGCAAGAAAGAAGAGGCAAGUAGAAGAUGGAAAUGAGGCCACCGAGACAGAACAAGAUGGAUAUGAGUCAAUGACUCUAUCAUUUGGAGAUGGACCAGUUCCAACUCAGCCAACUCAAGAAUAGGUAAGUUUCAUGAUUUGUUAAAUGGUUUAUGUUUUAUCGACCUUGUAAUAGUUUUAUCUACAUUGUUUUCUUCUAUUUUGGUGCUAGGGAAGAUGGAUGAUGUAAGCUUUGUGGAGCACCAAGACAAGAUCAUAAGGGGCAUCAGAUUAAAAGGGUUCUCAAGACCUAGAUCAUGACUUCAUUUUCUCUGUUUUUGUCAUGGUUUGAACUUGAUUUUGUUGGCUUUGAUGAUGUACUUUUGUUUGGAUUAUAGAUUCUUGUUUUGUGACUGCUUUUGUAACCAUUAUGCUCAAACAAUUGUCUUU